AUGGUAGAAAGGAUGCACAGACAUUUGAAAGCCGCUAUUGUAUGUCACAAUAAUCAACGAUGGACAGAAUCAUUGCCAUUAGUAUUACUGGGUAUGAGAAAUGCAUUGAAACAAGACCUUCAAGCAUCACCCGCUGAGUUACUUUAUGGUGAAUCACUUAGGUUACCAGGAGAAUUUCUGCAUUCUAACAACAGCGAAAGUAGCACAGAUAUAACGGAUUUCUUAUCACGCUUAAGGCUAAUAAUGAACAAUAUUCGUCCAUCACCUGGAACACGUCACGGUAGUAAAAAAGUAUUUAUCUUUAAAGACUUACCAAAUGCGACUCACGUUUAUGUCAGGGAUGACUCUGUAAAAGGUUCACUGCAACCAGCGUACUCCGGUCCCUUCAAAGUGCUGGAAAGAGGAGACAAGAUUUACAAAUUACUCAUGAAAGGCAAAGAACAAACGGUCUCAAUAGAUAGAAUAAAACCUGCCUAUAUACCCUCUGACGCUUCAACAUGUCGAACACCACCUGCAAAGAAAAAAGAAGAGUAUGAGAAAAGUUGUACACGCUCAGGACGCAGAGUUAAAUUACCUGAUUAUUAUCGCCCAUCAUAG